AUGCGAUACUUUGUCUUUAUUUUCUUAAUUUCUAUUUGUAUAUUGUUUACUGAAGCAUACAUUAGAAGUAAUCUUAAUUCAACUAAUAAUAAUAAAAAAUUUAUUUACAAAAAAAAAGUUAUUCCAGAAAAAUAUUUUGUUGCUCCUAAUUAUAAAUUAGCGACGUGUAGUGUUCAUAAAAGUUUCAGUGCUAUGAUUACUAGUAUAUUAUGUUAUUUAGAUGAUGAAAAAGAAUUUUUUAGAAAAUAUAAUCAUUUGGCGGAUUUUACUUUUAAAUUUAAAUCUUGUGUACAUAAAAAAAAUAAUUCUAUAACUUCAUUUGAUCAGUUAAUAAGAAAACAUGGUAAUGGAAAUAAACGUAAAUUUUUAAAUAAUUGGAAAGUUCUUAUGAUUGUUAGAAAUCCUAUUGAAAGAUUUAUAAGCGGUUUUGUUCAUAUUUGUUAUAAACGUGAAAGAAGAGGAAUAGGACAUACAAAAGAAUUUUGUUUAGGAUGCUAUUCUAAUUUUAAAUGUUUUGUAAAUAAAAUGUAUAAUAUUAUUAAAUCUGGUUACAAUUCAAUGAUUACAUCUUAUCGCCCAAUGAGAACACAUUUUUUUCCCCAAACAAUGCAAUGUAAUUAUCGUAUAAAUAAAAAUAAAUUUACUAUAUUAAAAUAUGAUCCAAAAAAUUUAGAUGCUUUUUAUAAAUCAUUAAAAAAUAUAUUUAUUGAACAAAAUGUACCACGUGCAAAAGUUGAAUAUAUAGAUAAAGAAAUUAGGAGUCGUCGAAUAAAUCAUUCCACAACUGGAAAAGAAAAAACAAUAGAAUUUAUUGAAAGAUUUUAUAAACAAAAAAAAAUUAUAGAAAAAUUAAUUGAAAUAUAUUAUUCUGAUUUUGAAGAAUUUGGAUUUAAAAUACCAUCAAUUUAA